GGGAAUCAGAGAUCAUCCUGGCAUACUAUGGCAACAAGAAUCAAUGUUUCAAGGACCAUUGGUGAUGUUGAUCCGGGUGCACAUCCUGUCCUUAUUAUUGGCCAGUUGCCACAUUUGUCACUUGUCCCAUGGAAUGUCAUAUCCAAGAAGUUUGGAAAUAGGAUCACCUCUGGACACUUUGAAGAUGCCCUUGCUUCAUUGAAUCCAAAUCCCACAGAUUCUUGUCCUCUCUAUCUACAGGCUGCUACAGUUGCUGCACUCCCCAGCAAAUGCAGUCGCCACAACACACCUUCUCGAGGCCACUCAAUAAGCAAGAUUGUGAAGAGUAGCUCCAUUAGCUCUGAGGGUGACAUCUUAAUUGCUUGUGAAUACAGAGAUGUCUUUGCUUCUCUUUGUGCAGUAGCCAGAGUUUUCCCAUUGUAUUCCAGGAGGACCAGCCAGAUGGAUAAGAAUCAAAAAGUAGUCAAUUUGGAAUUUUAUCUUGUUGGUGACUCUAAAAAGGUAUCAUUAUCAGAGGAAGAUGUUAAUUGCUUGAAUGCAGCAGCUGAGGCUGUGCAACUCUCUGCCAGGAUAGUUGACACCCCGUGCAAUGAAAUGAAUACUGAUACUUUUUUGACAGAAAUUGAAGCAGUUGGAAAGGCUUUGAAUAUCAUACCCACCAUUAUCCGAGGAGAUAAGUUGCAGGAACAAGGAUUUGGAGGGAUAUUUGGUGUUGGGAAGGCUGCCAUUCAUCCUCCAGCUCUAGCUGUUCUCAGUCAUAUUGUACCAAAUGCCACCCAAACUAUCGCAUGGGUAGGGAAAGGCAUUGUGUAUGACACUGGUGGAUUGAGCAUCAAAGCAAAGACCUCCAUGGUGGGCAUGAAGCGAGAUUGUGGUGGAGCUGCAGGAGUUCUAGGAGCCUUUUAUUUGGCCAUAAAACAAGGCUUUUCACAAAAUCUUCAUGCUGUCUUCUGCUUGGCUGAGAAUGCUGUUGGUCCUAUAGCAACAAGGCCUGAUGAUAUUCAUACAUUGUACUCUGGAAGGACAGUAGAGAUCAAUAACACAGAUGCAGAAGGUCGACUUGUGCUGGCUGAUGGUGUAGCUUAUGCUGAGAAGGACUUGAAGGCCAACAUCAUUCUUGACAUGGCCACACUCACUGGUGCUCAGGGAGUAGCCACUGGGAAGUACCAUGGAGCUGUAUUAACUAACAAAGAGUCCUGGGAGCAAUGGACCAUGAGAGCUGGUCAAUUGUCUGGUGACUUAGUUUUCCCUAUACCAUACACUCCAGAGUUGCAUUUUUCUGAGUUCUCCUCUUCAGUUGCUGACAUGAAGAAUUCUGUGGCUGACAGAAGCAAUGCUCAGUCAUCUUGUGCUGGGCUUUUUAUUGCAGCCCACUUGAGGAUGACAACACCUUUAUCCUGGAUUCAUGUUGAUAUGGCAUCACCAGUUCACUGUGGUGAAAGGGCAACUGGAUAUGGUGUGGCUUUGCUGAAUAGUCUGUUUGGUUAUUGUUCACAGAGUCCAAUGCUCCAAUUGCUAUCUCCAGUCACAGCUGAAAAUGGUGUAGAUGGUGAACCUAUCUUAGAUGGCAGCUUAGAGUGCUCAUCAAUUUGCGAGUUUUUCAACAAGAACCUUCAGGCGAAAAUCCUUGUCCCAGCGUGGGACGAUGCCACUGCCCAUACCAUCGCUAAACUCAGUCACCGGACGAUCCCGGAAGUUCAUCGUUGCGAACGAGGAGACCUCACCAUACAAGACGAUUGCCUUACUCUUGAUAAUGCUAUUGAGAUAGCUGCACGGGAGGAGGUGAGGAGAGACAAAGGCAGACACGUGUGCGGGCCUCCGCACAUGUGUCUGGCUUUGUCUCUCCUCACGCUCCAGAUGACACACAGAAGUGAAUUAGAGAGACUGUGCUCCAAGAACUUCUCUAAGCAUGAAGUUAGAGAGGCAUUUGACAGUCUCCUAGAGUCUGAGAAACUGUGGGAUGAAUACUUACUGUCCUUGGAUAGAAGGCUGCAGGAGGUCUCUGCACCAGAGAAUUCUCUGGUUGUAGGUUCCACCAUACCAGAACAUCUGACCCUCAUUCAUGCUGACUCUGAUGAACAAGUAUGGAACCACAAUGCAAUGGUGUACUAUGCAGAGCAGAUGAUUGCAGGGAAAUCUUUGGCCAAGCCCUUUGAGGGUGGAGAAGAUGAUGUCCAUCAAAUGGGAGGAGAUUUCAUUGUGGAUUCUUUGGGCAAACUUGUGUACUGUCAUCUCAGUCAGACUUCACUCAACAGGCCUUCCUCACAUGAACUUCUUUCCUUUCUGCGCUCUUCAGGCUCUCAUCUCUUUCUUCUAGAUGUCAGGCAGUGUAGCUGGGUGAAAAACUUCUCUUGAAUCUAUGCAUUUUUUGUGUCACAGUGUGUAUAAACUUCUUUUCAUUAGAAUCUUACAGGAUUCAAAGGGAUGCAAAUGGGUUGAACAACAUUCCCCAAGUGAUUACAUUGUUGAAUUGAUAGGAAUGAGAACAGCUCGCAAUGCUAUAAUUGUUUGUUGAAAAUAUUGUUUUGCAUUAUGUAUCUGCUUAUGCACAAUCUGCCUUUUCUUCCACUGCAUGGCAUAUUUGAGGCUGCUGUUCUUGCAAGG